AUGGCGGCCGACCCUCACAACCUCCCCAAUCCGGGCCUCGACAGCGCCAUCCGCCAACUUCUCGACCAGCAGGCUGAUAUCCAGGCCCGGCUGGCCGCCUUGUUACCUACAAAGUAUGGGCCCAAUGUCAAGCUGGAGCUCAACAUGCUCCGCCAUAAACUGCGAGGCUUGCAGGCCUACUCCGAAGUCCAUCGUCUUUCUUCCAAUGUUCCUAUCAACUCCGAGCUUGAGGAGGCCAGGUCAUUGCAAUACCGAUGCGAGUGCAUCGAGACUGCGUUUCUAGAGCAAGGUUUUGACUUAUCAGACCCCAGCAUGGCAGAUGCCCUUAAGCGGUCGCUGUACGACGAAGCACCGGCAGGAUACGCAGCCUGGUUGGAUCGAAAUCUUACUAGCUACGAUCCCAUUGUACGCGGAUGGAAAAUGAGGGAAAGCCUGUCACCGUCAUCUCGGUCCGCAUCGUCAUUCAAAUGCUGGGAUGAGCGUUGCAUACACUACAUCUACGGCUUCUACAACAAGGACGACCGAGACAGCCAUUCACGCGAGCACACUGUUCACGCCCAUCGUGACUCGGGCUUGUCCGUUGGCAAUACCCCUCCCCUCCCCUUUCCCGACCACACGACAGCCCGACCGUGGGUUUCCGAUGUUGGAAAGCAGCCCCGAGCGCUUCAGCUCCCGAAACCGUCCAUCGGUGCACAACUGGCUCCGUUAGCGACAGCAAGUCAGUCCAGGGACCGUAGUGAUCCUUUACAGUCCUACACCAUGGCAUCGGAACAUUCUGGCCCUGGGCGAGGCUCUGUCGAUUCCGAGGUCGAUCCUUUGCUCCCCCCUCUUAAGCGUAGUAGAGUUGGCCAGUCUCGACUCCAGUCCAUUGGCGAGUUGAGGUUGCUUCAGGAUUCGGGGCCUUGUUUGCGCUGCAUUGCAACAAGGCAGCCAUGCGACUCUAACGAGCCGUGUUACUACUGUGCAGACCACCCCCUUAGUCCAGGCAGUGAUUUUUGGAAAGCAAUCGGUUGUCAUCGCGGCCCUCUCGAUGUUUUAUCCGACGUCAUGCUUCCGACGCCAGUGUCUCCCAUACAGACCCAGACUCCGAUCACAUCACCGCUCACUCAGCGGAGAAGCAUGAACGAGCAUCUGGAAAACCACUGCCGCAUAUCACCGGACAUCCUCCAUGCUGUCAAGUCGAACCUUGACUUUGAUGACGGCUUUUGGUGGACAGAAGGGCUGAUGAACCUGCCACUGGCCAACCCUACACUGCCAAACUUUUCUAGGGAAGCGACCGAGCGACCACCACCGAUUCUGAGUAUACUCACAGCGAGUUGGAACGGAGGGGCAACUGCAUACAACUUUCUCCAUCUUUUGAAGACGAGCGGCUUUAUCACGCCAACACGAGAGAUGGAAGAGACGGCAUACCCAGUGCUGUAUCGAGUGAAAGUUCUCCUGCGGGAGGUCAUAUUUUGGGAUCUCGAACAACCGGAACCCUCAAUCUAUCUGGACGGUGGCCCGCCGCACCGGCCCCCCUUCACCGACGAGAUAGACCAAGAAGCGCAUCGUCGGCUGAUCUACAGCUGUAUGGCGCAAUUUCUCCAGGCAUUUGAGAGCGCAACUGUCAGAAAGGGACCACAGGACCCGAAAAGCUGGCUCGCUGUGUUCAUCGCGUUGUGCAUUUUCAGCAUUGUCCGCACAAUUAUGGUGGACAUGACGUCGUGCCUACACAGACGCCAAUCAUCUCAGACACCACCGACCUGGAGCGGAACAAGCAGCGUACACGCCAUGCACAGCGUCUACAAGCUCUUGGUGACGAUCUUCGCUGCUUCUGGGCCAAUGCUGCUCGACGAACAACCAUUCGACCUAGACGAACGGGGCAGGAACGCAAUGGAAUCCUUGAAUGCGAUUGUACGAAGGGAUGUUUGGAUCCAGCAUGGUUUUGCGUCCUCGAAGGAUUUCCUGAUACAUCUUGGAGAUGGUGAAAUGGAAGGCACAGUCACGUUCAACGGCUUUCUGAGACAGAGGAUUCCUCUGCGGACAGGUAUAGUCGGUCUACCGUCCAUUGUCAAACUUGGCGAAGAACCAAGGCAUGCCAUGUAUGAUCCCCGGGCUUUGGGCGAUCCUUGGAUCCCGCACCCGGCCCCUCUGUCGGAACGAGAUCAUUUUGGGACGUCGGGAGGCCCCGAAUUCCUCACAUCUCCCCAGGGGUUGGACUCUCUAGGUCGCAGGCACACGGUUGGGGAGAGCCCAACGUUCCCUCAAGGACCAAUGCGGCCCCUGGAAUCCCCGCUGACAGGCAGUAGAGGGCGGCCUACGUACCAGCGGCCGCCAUUACGUCGGGUCUACUGCAUCAAAUGUAACGAGUAUCCAGAAGGAUUCAGGGGCGAGCACGAGCUACGAAGGCAUACCGACGCCAAACAUGCUUCCCUAGUCAGGCGCUGGGUGUGCACCGAGCCAGACAGCUACAGCCCGACCCUUCCACAACCCGUCAUUCCGUUAUCGAAAUGCAAAGCAUGCGUGACGCAGAAACGAUACGGAGCAUAUUACAAUGCAGCGGCACAUCUCCGGAGGGCACACUUCAACCCACAUAGGGGUGGAAAGGCCAGUGGUGACUGGCCACCCAUGACUAUCCUGAAGGACUGGAUGAAAGAGGUGCGGCAAUCUGUCGACAUCCAGGAUCAAGACGAUUCAAGUGGAGGGGAAGACGUUGACUACAAACCGCCGCCGGAAUACUUAACUCAAGCGCCGCCCCCGCCCCCGCCUCCGCCGCCACCAGUGGCGGCGGUCCGUUCUCCCACUUUUGGAUCAACAAUUCUUGCAGCAGCGCCGCCAAACAUUCCUUUGACGAUCGCUCCCGCGGAGCCGAUGAGUUUGUCCCAGAUGAACAGCCCGUCGAACAAAACACUAGAUAACCGCACGCGUUGCCCUCACCCAGACUGCGGUCGGGUAUUCAAGGACCUAGCGGCACACAUGCUCACUCAUCAAGAAGAACGGCCAGAGAAGUGUCCCAUAGAAACGUGCGAGUACCACACCAAGGGGUUCGCGCGGAAGUACGACAAGAACAGGCACGCCUUGACACAUUAUAAGGGAACAAUGGUUUGUCCCUUUUGCCCAGGGGUGGGAACUGCAUAUGAGAAGGCAUUCAAUCGAGCAGACGUCUUCAAACGCCACCUUACGUCGGUUCACAACGUGGAACAGACGCCACCCAACAGCCGGAAGCUCAUCAUCGGCGGAUCUGGCAACAUCCACAGCGACGGCGCCAAGUGCUCCAUCUGCCGAGGCUACUUUGGGACGGCUCAAGAGUUCUACGAGCAUCUCGACGACUGCGUUCUCAAUGUCAUCGUACCAACGUCGGCGAAAACACAUAGAGAUGCAUCUGCGUUGCCCUCAACGUCAGGUUUGGAAGAGAGGGACCGACUCGACGAGGAGAACGCAAAACCCAGGUCACCUAUGGGCGAGAAGAUGGACAUGAACCUAUAG